AUUGCUGCGCCUGCUAGCUGUUUAAAUUAGAUGUGGAAAACAGCAGUACAGAGGAAGUGCAGGGGGGUGUUCAGUCGGAUGUGAACAGAGGCUGUACACCCCAGCUGCAGUAAUUCCACCACACAAAACCGUCCAAUCUCCCACCUAACCCGGCACAAUCUGCGAAACGUCUCUUAACUUUUUAAGAGCACAUGGCUGGUUUAUGAAUAGACACCCAAAUUGGGACAAUGCAAAUACCGAUCGCGAUGGGUAAUGGUUGCAUCCAUACUACGCGAGCUUGGCUGUAAAUGCUGUGGAUAACUUCAAGGUCGAUGGCCUUUUUAAGCUCCCCGUGGGCGCAAACCUCUGGGGCGGAGACUACGCUGGCCUUAGGACACGAAGAAUGAUGGCCAAUCUCAUGCUGCUGGUCGCUCUGGCAGCUCCCUCCCUUGCCGCCAUUGUCAGUCGCCAGUCGAGUACAGUCACUGUCGACCUCUCCAAAACCUAUCAGACGAUGGACGGGUUUGGGACGUCUGAGACCUUUCAGCGAGCAAACCAGAUGCGCGCCUUGUCACCCGAGCUGCAGCGUUACUCUCUUGACCUCCUCUUCAAUCGCACCUCAGGCGCUGGCUUCACGAUUCUCCGUAAUGGGAUUGGCUCCUCUCCAGACUCGUCAUCGGACCACAUGGUAUCGAUCCAGCCGAAGAAUCCCGGAGGACCGAAUGCUCCGCCGAAAUACGUGUGGGACGGUAACGACAACUCCCAAGUCUGGCUGUCGACCGAAGCAGCAAAGACGUAUGGCGUGAAGACGUUCUACGCAAAUGCUUGGUCCGCACCGGGAUACAUGAAGACGAACGGCAACGAUGCGAACGGCGGGUCCUUGUGCGGAGUGACUGGCGCCACAUGUUCAUCUGGUGAUUGGAAGCAAGCGUACGCCAACUACUUGGUGCAAUACGUAACUUACUACAAGGAGGCAGGUGUAGACAUUACGCAUCUUGGAUUUCUCAACGAGCCGGACCUGGCUACUUCAUAUGCUUCAAUGAGGGCGGAUGGGCGGCAGGCAGCAGACUUCAUCAAAGUCCUCCGUCCCACUCUAGACAAGGCGAACUAUACUCAGGUCAAGAUAACGUGUUGUGACGCUGGGGGUUGGAGCCAGCAGGCUGGUAUGCUAGGCCAGCUAAGCAGUGUCAACAACCAGCUGGGCCAGAUCACUGCACAUUCUUACAUGUCCCAGCCUACCUCUCCACUAAACACCAAGCUUCCUGUAUGGCAAACGGAAUACGCCGACCUCCAGGGCCCUUGGACCGAGGCGUGGUAUUCCAACAACGGCGCGGGCGAAGGUCUUCGCUGGGCCAACACCAUAUACGAUGCCAUAGUCCGGGCAAACGUUACAGGCUACCUCUAUUGGAUUGGCGUGCAAGGGGGGCCGACCAACAGCAAAAUGAUCCGCAUCUCGGACGACAAGAAGUCUGUGAUUCCCUCGAAACGUCUUUGGGCAAUGGCGAACUGGUCCCGCUUCGUGCGGCCGGGAGCAGUCCGCGUUGGCACGUCUGGUGGGCCGUCUGGCGCCAAGGUCAGCGCUUUUCGCAAUGUGGGUGGUACCGUGAGUGUCCAGGUCAUUCAGGGAGGGGCGAGCGGUGGAGCUGUCAAUGUGAAGGUUGGGAACGGGUUCAGCGCGAAGGGUGUAAAAGCGUGGAUUACAGAUAACACGAGAGACGUUGCUGAGCUGGCGAGUACGCUGGGAAGUGAUGGUACGGCAAGUGCAAACGUACCUGGCCGGAGCAUGGUCACCUUCGUGCUCGAACCAGCCGCCUGAGCAAUGCGAGGUGAUUUUGCCCUCGACGCGGAUCGUCUCGCACGGGGUACUGGACCCAAGCAAUUCAAGCAUCAAGCAUAGUACGCACAUCAAUACCAGUGCUU